AUGGCAGACGAGAAGGUUUUAUUAAAUGAUGAUGAUUUGGAUCAGGAUAUGGGCGCAAUCCCUAAGGAUGCUAAGACUAAUUGCGAGACUGUGACUCAGACUUUUGCUAAGUAUGGUGUUAAGGUAGAUGAUUACGGUGGAAUUAUAAACGACAACAAGUAUUUCAUCGGUGGUAAAGAAGUUACUUCUACUCAAGCUCUGGAGCAUGUUAGGGAGGAAAUUAAUAAGUCAUUGAAGUAA